CCGCAAACCCAGUACUUUGCAGUAGACAAUGUAAAUCAAAAUCAAAACACAUUACUAUAUAAUGUCUCGACUUGAACCCCCGGUGGAUGAAAAUUCAACAGAUCAGUAAAUUCCUUCGCUGACUUAAUAUCCUAACGUUAACUUCAAUACCGCAUUAUUUUACCUUCCUAAUCAUGAGCAAAGUCUGGUUCGUCACAGGAUCUUCCAGAGGCCUUGGCCUCGCCAUUGUCGAAGCCAUCCUAAACUCCGGAGGAUCCGUGAUUGCAACAGCACGAAACGCCAAACAAUUACAGCACCUUGUUGACAAGCACGGCACCGAAAAGGUCCUCCCCCUAUCCCUCGACGUGACUCAAUACAACCAUGCCCUCGAAGCCGUCAGACUCGGCGUUGAGAAAUUCCACCGAAUCGACGUCGUCGUCAACAACGCCGGGUACGCCGACGUCGCGAGCAUAGAGGAUAUUACCAUCGAGUCAUUCCGGGCCCAAUUCGAGACGAAUUAUAUGGGCGUUGUGUAUGUGACCAAAGCCAUUCUGCCGGUGCUUCGCGCGCAGGGGAAUGGGCACAUUAUUCAGGUUUCGUCAGUUGGUGGACGGAUGGCUUCGGCCGGCCUGGGGGCGUAUCAGAGUGCGAAAUGGGCGGUGGGAGGAUUCUCGUCUGUGCUGGCAAAGGAGGUUGGGCCGCUGGGGAUUAGGGUUACGGUUCUUGAACCGGGCGGUAUGAGGACAGAUUGGUCGGGGACGUCGAUGGAGGUGGCACCCGUUAGUGAGGCGUAUAGGCAGACGGUAGGGGCUGUUAGCGAGUAUGUGCGGUCGAAAGCGGAUUCGUGGCCAACGGAUCCGGUCAAGGUGGCAGAUGUUAUACUGCAGGUUGCCGAGAUUGAUGAGCCGCCUCUUCGGCUGUUGAUUGGGGCCGAGACGUUGCAGUAUGCUGCUCAAGUUACUGAGACUCUGGCUGCGGAGGAUAAGAAGUGGUCUUAUUUGACUAUUGCGGCUAGUGGAGAUAAAUAAAAUAGCUGGUUUGCGAGAGUUGGUAUAUCAGUAAUUAAUUCU